AUUUAUAUGCCGAACGAAUUCAUUUUACAACAAACAUCACACCCAGAGAAGAAAUUCAACUCUAAAACAUUAAUUGGUAAUUGGUAUGAAGAGAGAUGCGAACCAAAAUCAAAAUAUUCAACCUUUUAUAAAGAAUAAAAAUUUGAGAAAAAUUAAUAUAAUGUUAGCAAACUUACAUAAGUAUUCUUUUGUUAUUAUUAUAGGAAUCAUUUAUGAAGUGCUCAUAAAAUUGGUUAAACUUUCAAAGCAAUUAGUCUAAUCAUUUCUAAACAACAAAUCAGUAAUAAUAACAGUUAUACUUUUUCUAGAUAAGAGUUCAAGAAUCCAAAAAAUCAAUAUCGAACUUCUGAACUAAAGAAAUUUAUUAUUAAAAAAGGAGUAUUUGAAAAGAAUCCCUACUAAAUGUCAGACUACAGAAAUAAGUGGACUUCAGCACCUCAUUUUUUUGAUAGAACUUACCUUGGGCAAUAAAAAUGA